GUAGUGUUCCUCUUCGGCGCAGAAGAGCAAGCUGGAUUUUGACCGUUGUUCAAUUGCUCACUUCUCAAUUCCACCCCUUGAUCUUCACCCUUUGCGGUUGUCCACACCAUGACUCUCUCCUGGCCCUGGCAUUUUAUCACUCUCUCCGAUGCAGAGAAGGAGCAGCGUCGUGAGCUCCUAGACCUACGGGGGUCUUACGCUCAAUUCUCAAUGCUAAUAGCCAUUGUUCUGGUGCGGUUGUAUGUAUGGGCAUCUCAGCCUGGAUCGGAGCCCUCCAAGCCCAACCGACGCAAGCCUUCACCCAAGUCUUGGCUGGACUCUUCCCCCUUUGUGGGAUGGAUUGAGACGCGGCGACAGUACCUAGUCUGCUCAGUGUGGCUAGUGUGGCUCUUGAGUCUCUGCAUCUGGAAUUCUGGUGAAGACUACCUUCACCUUACCAAGUCCCUUGGACAUGUCGCUCUCUCCCAGUUCCCUUUCCAGGUUCUGAUGUCGCCGCCCCUCUAUCUCACCUCCAAACCGGCCUCCCCUUCUCUUAUCUCCGUGCUUACCGCCAUCCCCCAACCGACUAUAAAUGCCUAUCAUCGGCUCUUUGGUCGGCUGGUUAUUGCACCCCUACUGUUUGGCCAUGCACUUCUCUACGACUCCUUCUUCCUGCAAUCCAGCCACCCGGACUUCGAGGUCUUGUUUCUGAAGCGUAUCCGCGAUGCAGACGUCCAGUGGGGCAUUCUGGGCGUGAUUGCGGUCACAUCGGUGGUGCUAUUUGCUCGUCCAGCAGUGAAGCCUCGGUGGGCUCUGAGUUUAAGGAGCGGAUCUGGAUCGGCUAAGAUGCGACAGCAGGUCUUCUGGGCGGUGCAUGUUGGCUUGGUACUGAUCCUGGGGAUUGCAGCGUAUUCGCAUGUGGAGUGGGCCAGGAUGUAUAUGAUUGAGGGCUUGGUGGGGACCAAUUCACAACGGCCCGAGGUCCCGCCAAACGAGCAGCUUCGUCAGCAAUCAACGUAUCACAAAGCCUCGACGCCUGCAGGAAAACAUCCGAUCGCUGCAUUAAGCGAGGCUGCAGAUCAAGAAUGGGACCAAGUACAGUCCCGCCAAUCCAAGACUCUGUCCCAGGCUGUCACAGAAUACCGCCGCCGCUAUGGAAUGCACCCUCCACCACACUUCGACAAAUGGUUUCGUUUUGCUCAAUCCAAGGGGGUCCACUUGAUCGAUGAGUAUGAUACCAUUUACCACUCCCUCCUCCCGUUCUGGGCCUUGAAACCGGAGACUAUCCGCGGGCGGGCCCGCGAGACUCUCGGCUUCGACAACUCCAUGAUCGGGGUCUUGAUCCGGAAUGGGACCGUUACUCUGGCCGAGGGAGGAACCGAAGAACAGAAAUGGCAGCGGGGUGCUACGGUGCAGAUGAUCAAGAGCUUUGCAGAGUGCUUACCCGACAUGGAUCUUGUGUUCAAUGCUCAUGACGAACCACGAGUGAUUGUCCCAAGUGAGGACCUUCAGCGGCUGGUUACGGCUGCCCGAGAGCAUGCUAUUCCAGAUGCGUCCCUAAGUGAGACGCCGAAGAAUGCAUGGUCCGAUCGACCUUCGGACCUGAACAAAGGCGACCGUAUUGAUGAGGUGCGCACCACGCGCUUCAGUCGUUUCUCGCAUCAGUCAACAUGGAGCUAUUCGCGAUCGUCAUGCCCGGUCGACUCUCCCGUCCGCUCGCUUGAUGAAGAGCCGUUGGAUAACAUUGACUCCUACGCUCAGAGCGAGCUAGGAUUCAUCGCGAACACGACUGCCUUCUCGGACAUCUGCAACACCCCUUCUCUGAAGCAUACAUACGGGUUCUUCGAUCGGCCCAACACGUUCGAAGUCGUUCACGAUCUGUUUCCUGUCUUUUCUCAGAGCAAAAUCUCCAGCUACCAAGACAUACUCUUCCCGAGUCCGUGGUACUAUGCGGACAAGGUGCCUUACGAGGCUGCCCAGGACGUCAAUUGGGACGCCAAACUGGAUAAGAUGUACUGGAGAGGGUCUACCACAGGAGGAUAUUCCCGAGCUGGCGGCUGGCGGCGUCAACAUCGGCAGCUGUUCGUGCGCAAUGUCAUUGCUCGAGACACCGCCAAGGUACUCGCUAAGCAAGAGGAUGGCGAGUGGGCAUCCACCGGGAUUGACCGAUCAUCCCUGGACGACUUAUUCGACAUUCAAUUUACGUACAUUGGCCAAUGUGAUGCAGAAGACUGCGCAGCGCAGAAGGAAUACUUUGGAGUUGCAGAACCCGUUGACCAGCAAGAUGCAUGGGCCUAUCGACACUUGGUCGACAUCGAUGGUAAUGCCUUCAGCGGUCGUUUCUAUGCCUUCCUACGAAGCAAGAGCUUGGUAUAUAAGAUCGCAAUUUCUCGCGAAUGGCACGAUGAAUGGCUCAAGCCUUGGGUUCAUUAUGUUCCAUUGCGGAUAACCGGAGACGAUUAUCUGGAAGCUGUCCGUUACUUCGUCGAAGAUGAGGACGGGAAACUCACAGCCUCAAAGAUCGCUCAAACCAGCCAUGAGUGGGCCCAUAGAGCACUUCGCUCGGACGACAUAGAAGUCUGGUUCUUCCGAUUAUUGUUAGAGUAUGGCCGUCUUGUCGACGACAACAGAGGGCGCCUGGGGUUCUCGCUGUAAGAUGCGUGUGCCCGUUGGUUAUGAUCCUCUCAUGUCAUUUUAUACCUGAUGUACUCAUCUGUCUCAUGAUAUCCCCAAGUGUUUUUCUUAGAGUCCCCACGGAGAAAUGAACUGUCCUUCGUGCUUGUCUUCCCAAUUUGCGGAGAUAUGCAUACCAUGACUUCAUCAGAGUAGACGGAGCUUCCACUUCAUAUGUGGGUUAUUCGCUCAGCAAUGCAAAAAGGUG